UUUUUUUCUCAUUUGUAGCCCAAUGUGCAAAGUUUGGGUAGCCAGAUCUAUGGAAACAUGUAGGUAGGUAGUUAACCAUCUUAGGUACCUGUUUGACAUUGUCAAAUAACUACCUAAAGUAUUUGUUAAACUAUGUCACUUUACAUCAACAACCAAGAUCGGAAAACCUCGACGCCAAAGUAACGUAUCAAGUGCCGGGUGCCCUAACUUCGGAUCGCACCGUAACUACCUCUCACCAAUAGGAGGAAUCUGACUCCUCGAGCCUGAAUACAUACAUACCUAGGCAGUGAGUGGCAACUUCAGGGACUACGGCAGAGUCUCUUAAUCAAAACCAUACACUAUAGGCCGCUUCCACGAGCCGGUCUUUAUGGCAAAAUUUACAGAUCCAAGGCAGGCUAGACUUCCAGACCGCGAGGUCAUCCCAAUACAUGGUAGGUCAGUUCGUAUGAUACGUAGAUCGCAAACAGUCGCACCCGAAAAUCUCCCCUAUCUACAUCAUCUAGACCCUCCUCUCCGAGCCCGAACAGGCUCCCCAAGUACCACAAGGCCAUAAAUACCAAGAUGAAACCCACGCCCGCGCUAAAUGCGGUCGGGCAGCUACACUAGACCCAGUGAUCGUCGUCAGCAUUAGACAAGGCGGAGGUGGCAAAAUUGCUAAAUAGUCGAGUUGUACCACCACCACCAAGAAGACAAGAUGCGGUUGUUCUUUCGCGCGAUAGCGGCUACGCUGGCCGCCGCUGGAACAGCCGAGGCCCGGCUCUACCGCAUCGGUAUCCCGGACGCUAUCAAACCGGGCGACCCGUUCAACGCCACCAUCGAGCAGUUGGCAGGCAUCCCGCUACAAUACACCAUGCUCUGGGGCAUCGAGCGCUACGACGAGGAAUGGUCGGUGGCGCCGCGCCCGGGAAGCUUGGGGCCUGUCCUGCUGGCCAACGGGAUUGUAGAUCUCCAGAAAGCAGUAGGAGACGGCUCCGUGAGUGGUAACACGUCCAUCGCCGGAUUCGUCGUCCCAGCAGGCUACAAGCUUGGCCCUGCGGCCAUCCAAGCCGUCAUCUUCGAAAUCGCGGGACCUCUGAACUCGCCCAUCAUCGAGACGUGGUGGUGGAGCGUCAACAUUACCAACGCCAGCACGAGCGAGAGCUUGGUCUGGUCUAACUACGCGGACGACAACAGCCGCAUCUGCCAGAUUCCCUUCCAAUAACGGGAGGGCACACGUACAUACAUACAUACGCACAUACAUACAUGCAUACAUGCGCGAGAUGGAAAUAUAAUUGGGGCACAUAAGGGGUAAGACGGGUGACGAAGUGCUAGCCUGGGGUAAUACGGGGAAGUCCAAUCCCUGAGAUCGAUGUGCUGCCCGAUGGAAUUCUCCGGGGGUUACGUUUCACGCCGGGUCGUGCAUGGUAUAUAGAGAACCCCACGGGCUUUUUAAGAGAUAUCAUCUAAUACAAUAGUCACGGUUACUUCCAAUAGGAUGGAUCUAUUUCACUUGUGCUGCCAACGUAUCAGGCUUAAAAGUUCAUACCAAGUUUAACGCAUGACGAUGUAACAUCUACCCUAGACGUUGACGGUUACGGUUACGGUUACGAAACUUAAAUCAACUAUUAUCAGGCUUGAUCAUAAAUGUCCAUG